AAAUUUUUUUUGCACGCAACAAGAGGACUUCGCCCUUUUCCAAUGGUGAGACCAAACUAUUCUCACAAAACGAAGAAAGCCUUUGCUCGAGAACUCGCAUCACCAUGUCCUCGAAUCAACGCUACGGAGAAGAGUUCCAGCAGCUCUCGUACCAGGACCUUCGCAGCGAAUGCCGAAAGCGAAACCUAUGCGCGAUUGGGACAUCGGACGCGAUGCGUCGUCGGCUCACCGAGUUUGUCGCUCAGCAAAAGCGAAUUCGCCAAUGGUCGACUACCAUUUCCAUUCAAGACGAAAGUAAUGAAAAUGAAAAUGUAAUUGUCCUCCGCGACGACGACGACGACGGCGGCGGCGGCGGCGGCAACGAAAACAAGAAGCAACUCGGAGGCGAAGAGGAGGAAGACAUGGACGACGAACCUCCCAGGAAGCGACCCAAGAAAUCUCCAGCCGACGACCUACUAUGCCCAAUCACACUCGGGCUCCCGUUCGAGCCCGUCAUUGCCGAAGAUGGUCGUGUGUACGAACAGGAUGCGAUUGAGAUGCACUGCAAAGUGGCUCGCGAAUCUCAUGGUGUGGUGAAGUCUCCUAUCACCAAUCAAGUCAUCGGAUCUCGUCUCUUGCCGGCGCCGCAAAUCAAGAAUCUCAUCGAAACGUUGAUUGAAAAUGAAAUGAUUCAAGGCGAACUGGUUGCUGAAUGGAAGAAGAGAGCCCAACUUGAAAAGGAGAAGCAGGGGCUGCUCCUUGAAGCCCAAACGGACAGCGAGGCGAUGUACAAAAUUGGUUGUUUGUACGCGAGAGGUGAGAACGGAUUCAAGAAGGACGCAAAGGAAGCGCACACUUGGUUUCAAAAGGGACAUGCUGCCGGGAACGUCAAAGCAACCGCGAGUCUCGGUGAAAAUUUGCUAUCGGGAAAUGGCGCUCCGCGCCACACCGCUCAAGGCAUGAUCUAUAUUUCCUUGGCCGCGUGUCGCGGCUCCGACUUGGCUGCGUACCAUCUUGGCAUGGCUUUGGCACAUGGGCUGCACGGCCUGUCGAUGGACGAGGGCGAAGGAGUCCGUUGGCUUCGAAAGUGCUUGCUGGUUUGUUCGCACAGCCAUUUGGACCAGGGUUUGCGAGACUUCGCCGAGGCUGUACUAGAAGAACUCAAAGAUGACGACGACGACGGUAGCGAUGACGACGAGGACGACGAGGAGGAGUAGAAAGUGCCAUACGAUGUACGUACCGGUACUACCGUACAGCUCGUACCAGAAAGGAGAGUGACAAGUCACUCUCAUCAUCAAGUUGUGUUGGAGCGCACCAAUACCGGUACGACUGUAUCGUACAGUAAUCCAUCUGGGAAAGAAACAGUACGUAAGGGUACGGUACCGGUACAUGUAUCCCCAGAGGAAAAAUCCCAUGCAACAGCCCGAAGGAGCUUUGGAGCAAAUACCACCAUGAAUUAUAAACUAUCGUGUACGCUAUUCAAAAAACUGUGAGCCGUUCUA